UAUUAGCAAGAUGUUGAAAUAUGACAACUGACCAGCGGGCUGAUGACGUAUAACCUUAAGUUUGAAUGUUAAACCAGCGGUCAUCUUGGUCUUGAUAAAUAAAUAAAUAAAUAAAUAAUUUUAAAAAAUGUUAAGAUGGAUACUGAUGUAUCCAGUGAACUUGAUCCUCAAUAUUUACUUGGGCAACUGAAUACUGCUAGAAGUGAAAUUAACAAUCUAAGACAACAGGUAAAAGGCCUGAAAUAUAUUUUUGAAAAAGAUGUCAGUAAUAUAAAACGUCUUAUUGGACGCCAAGGCGCUGUAGCUGAAAUUGAUCCGGCAGUUGAAGCUUCGACUUCGACUUCACCUUCUAUUUUACAAUCAACCAGUAGUUUAGCUCUAGAACCUAUUGGUAUAAUCAACACGGGGUUUCCUAGCAAACGCGGGACUCCAAGACAACCGGGAAUUGGCAAAGAAUCACGUGGGAAGAUAACUUUAUUUAAUACUGUGUUUACUAACCCGGAGCACGCACUCAAUGGACUUGAAGACUACUCCCAUAUGUGGAUUCUGUUCCACUUUCAUAGAAAUGAUUCGACGCAUGUGAGAGCCAAAGUAGCACCGCCAAGACUCAAUGGCGCGAGGACGGGAGUAUUUUCUACGCGGUCACCGCACCGGCCGUGUCCGAUAGGUUUGAGUUUGGUGAAGAUUAUAAAUAUUGAAGGGAACACUAUUUUGUUUGAAGGGGUCGACACGGUGGACGGGACCCCGGUGCUGGAUAUAAAGCCGUACAUUCCUCAGUAUGACGACCCGCUACAUGUAGAGCAGCAGAUGCGACGUGAAAGUGUCCAAGAGUUUGAUGAUAGAGUGGAUCUGUACAAUGACACUGCCAAUGGAGAUAUUGAGUGUUUUGGUGAAGCUCAGCUGGAUGUGUCGAGAGACGAGGAGCUGGCGAUGAGACUGCAGGCUGAAGAGUUCCAGGGUAUAGGUAAUGAUCUAAACUUAUCGCAGAGACCUUUGGACCCUUUAGCUGAUGGUAAUCUAGAAGCGAGCAAUGGACCGGUUGAUGAUCCAGUACCUGGGCCAUCUAGACUUGGAUCAGAAAAUCCUCAAGCUACGGGACCUGAUCCGAGUGCUUUACCAGAGUCAGAAGACGCGAGGAACUCGAGACUUCUUGACGGCGCUGAUGGACCCAGCAUCGUCUGUGUAACUGACAUGGACUUAAUUAACAGACGCGCGUUGAACCCUCGUCUAGAUAACUCGCCAAUUAGAAUGGGAGUCCGGGAAGCGCCUGAUGGAGAAGAGGGAUUCGAAUCACAGCCAUUGAGACCGUCGCUUACUGUCGGUAAUAUUCAGAGUAUUCCUGCUGCUGGGACUUUUCAAAACUUUCCCACGGCAAGAUCCAGCGCUGAUACCCCAGACAAUCAAUUCCAAGUUCGUGUUCCCGACUGGAUUUCUCAGCCGCUUUCCCAGUCGCUGUCCGUGGUCUUCAAUGAGCGAGCCGUGAGACAGCUCACUGAGAUAGCAAAGGACAAAUCUGAGGAACAGAAGCGCGCGAUUCUAAAUGUACUGCGCGAAGAUCCGCGGUCUGUUUAUCUGCGCCAGCGGUGGGCCAAUCAAUUUUACACAUUUUUAAUAAAUGAUCUUCACAUCAGCUGUAGAUUUGAUGACACCAGACAUAUCGUCACGGUUUUUCAGGUGCGUCACGCUGGGCGGACGUGCGAAUGCGGCGAACCUGAAUGGCAGUGUCUAGGUCAUUCACCUAUAUCCUAAUUAAUUAAUUAAUUAAUUAUUA